AUGAACACUUGCGGACUAUUGGACAGGAAAGCAAAAUUCUCAUAUGCAUUUGUUUAUGAAACAAAACAUCCGUCUUUUUGUCGAACGCGCCUUCCUGAAUUUUCCUGCUUAUUCAUUGACUAUUACUCAAAUGUUAACGAAUGCUACAAAGCAAUUCCACAAAUUCCACGCAAAGCGGAGUUACGAGAAAACAUAUUACUCGCAUGCCUGAAGAGUAGUAUCCAUCGUCACACUGGUACCUACUAUUACUGCCAUGGUCGCCACCAAUUGGCCCCUGACGAAGUGACUUAUGACCAUAGAGCUCACAGACGAUUCAAAAUCACGCGUCAUGUGUACACCCAAACAGCCUGUGAACACAUAUUAAAGUCGAUUGGGGAACCCGGUAGUAUCCCAGCCCUCGUGCUUCCUUCGGGUAGCAUGGCAGCUAGGCAUCGGAAGGGUGUUAAAGCUGAACUAUUCAAUAAUCAGUCUAUGCUGAAAAGCCAAGAAGCACUGUACAGCUGUUUCAUCUUUAUUGGGGAUCAUCAGCAGUGCGCAUCUCAUGAAACUCUGGAGAGCCUCGAACCCGCGACCUCCCGAGACUCUCUGGAGUUUCGAUCCCCUGACUUAUGUGAGUCACAAAUCUACUCACCGGAAGCUCUGCGGUUCGAACCCAAUCUCUGUCUCUUGACUUUUCCUGUCUACGCUUGA